AUGAUGCUAAGAUGCCGGGCCUUCGGACGGUCAUUACGCUAUAGCUACAAGCGGUUCAACAGCAGCGUCAAGCCUGAAGGGCGUAAAACAAACGAAGUUGAAGAUAUACAAGGGAAUUUUAUAGGGAAGCUACCAGAACAGCUAAUAUCAGAGGGCAACGGGUUUGAGUCUACUACCGCUGAGAAUCAAAUUGAUACUUUGCGGUGCUACGAGAGACUUCUACGAAGUGGGUUCACUCCAAAACAGAGCACUGCAGCGAUCGAAUUACUACUCCAAACUCUCAACGAGGAGUUCUUUGCAGAGUACAACAAUAAAUUUCUUCGCAGGACGGAACUGGAUACCCAGUCUCACCUUUUCAACGCUGCAGAGACUGAAUUACGAUAUACCAUACAGGUCUCUAGAGAAGCCGCGCUUAAUGAGCAAAAUCUCAAGAUUCUGCAACUGCACCGAGGACUACACCUUGCACACGACGAGCUCAAUGAGCAGUUCAUCAAUUUAUUGAAAAAAGACUCCCGCGUAGACUUCAACGACCACAAGAUAGAGAACACAUUGCUCCACCGAAAUAUAAACCUUACUAUAAAGGACUGCAACCACAAGAUAGGAACGCGAAUAAUCGGUGACAUCAAGUCCGAAAUUGAGAACCUGAGAUGGCAAACGACCAGGAGCGGGCUUUUUGCGGUGCUAGGCCUGGUCUUCUUCAUUAUGAGCGGUGUCAGUAUUUCGAAACGACUCUCGCUAGAGAAUGAAAAACCAGUGGAGGUGGUUCUUCACACUAUCGAACCGGAGGAAGACUUGCAGCAGCCUGAGGGCCUCGAGAACGAAGUCGAAGAAUGA